UCCAGCUGAGUACGGCGCAGCAUGUGGAAAAGCGCACAACGUUGCGCACAUUUUGUCGCGCUGUGUACGAAGAAAAAGAAAAAACUAAACAAUUUCCACGCGUUUUCCUCACGCUUUCGUGUCGAUUUCUGUUGAUAAUUAACGCCAGUCGAGCCAACAUGUGCAAUUAAAUCGAGCCUUGUAUAAACAAAUAGCAAAGCAAAAAUAAUAUUAUAAAAAAAAGAAAAACACAGAGCAUUUUCCGAAAUAAAUUCCAUGAAAAGCGUGUGUGCGAGUGUUGUGAGUGAAUCAGAAAAUCCUCAAAAGUGCCUGAAAACUGCAGCAAAUCGAAGCGGGAAGCAUUGUGUUUAAUCCAAACAAAUGAUUAGAUAAACUUGACCUCGAUCGGCGAGAUAACCAGAGUAAAGAGGAGCACGAUUUCGAUCAACAAAAAUCCAUAUAUUGCACUCCCCCUGCGUCACAUUCAGCCCAUGUCCGUGGAUUCGUGGCCAUGGAAAUUAGUGUAGAAACACCCAAGGAGCCAAGGACAGCAGCAUCAAUUAGAGGAGCAACAGCUAGGAGAGAUUAGACCAGGAUUAAGCAGAUCAUGCGUAGCAGUCGGAACUAUGUCCAGCGGCAGAGCGAGACGCUGGAGAGCAGCAGCUUCGAGCUGGAGGAUCACGACGAUGCCAAGGAUGAGCGCGGUGAGCCAGAGGAUCACGAGGAGGAGGAGCAGCGCCAGUCAUCGGACACGGUGAGCACGCACAGCAGCAGCUCCACCACGCCCACGACAGCGGAUGUGGCCGAUGUGGAGACCAUCAACUCGCUGCCCCUGUCGCCACCCAGCUUUGGAGGCAGCCAGCUUGUGAAGCGCCACUCGCCGUUGAAGGAUCAUCAUGACCAGGUGCAGCAGCAGAAGCAGAAGCGGCAGCUCCAGCAGGCAGACAACAAAAGCAACAGUUCCAGCUCCAGCUCCAGCUCAAGCCAGCAGCAGGAUGAUGUGGACGAUGUGCCCACGGUAAGCGGGUGCAAUCUGCGAUCGGGCUCCUCACCUAAUGCCUCCUCCUCUUCCACGACUCCGCAGACGUCGCGGUACGCGGCUGCAGCGGCACAUCCCAGCGCCGCCUUUGCAGAAACGGCGGUCACCUCCUCCUCUGGAACGGCGGGAGCUGCCCACAGGCGCACACAUUCGGCGGCCUCCUACAUCUCGAUGAGAUCGCAGGUCGGAUCGGAGCCACCGCCAGAGCGACCCAAACGGAAUCGCUUCUUUGAGUGGCUGCGCGUCGCCUGUAACAUCUGUUGCUGCAAGAGUUCCGGAAUCGGAGAGCCGAGUGUUCAUCAUGCGCUGGUUGUGAUAUUUCUAGAGUUCUUCGCCUGGGGUCUGCUGACAAUGCCCAUUAUAUCGACCCUCAACCAGACGUUUCCGGAUCACACAUUCCUGAUGAACGGCCUGGUCAUGGGCAUCAAGGGCAUCUUAUCGUUCCUGUCGGCACCGCUGAUCGGCGCCUUGUCGGACAUCUGGGGCCGAAAGUUUUUCCUAUUAGUCACAGUAUUCUUCACCUGCCUACCCAUACCGCUGAUGUCCAUCAAUACGUGGUGGUUCUUUGCCAUGAUCUCAAUAAGCGGCGCCUUCGCCGUCACCUUCUCGGUGGUAUUUGCCUAUGUGGCGGAUGUCACCACGCCGGAGGAGCGAUCCAAGGCAUAUGGCCUGGCCUCGGCCACAUUUGCCGCCAGUCUGGUCAUCUCGCCGGCAUUGGGCAAUGCCUUGAUGGAGAUGUACGGUGACACGCUGGUCGUGGCCCUCUCCACGGCCAUUGCGCUGCUCGAUGUGUUCUUUAUUCUUGUUGCAGUGCCGGAGAGUCUAUCGGAGAAGAUGCGACCCGCCACUUGGGGUGCGCCCAUCAGCUGGGAGCAGGCGGAUCCUUUCCUGGCUUUGCGCAAAGUGGGCACCGACAAGACCGUGCUGAUGCUUUGCCUCACUGUGCUGCUGUCGUACCUGCCCGAAGCCGGCGAGUAUUCCUGCAUGUUUGUCUAUCUUAAGCUCAAGAUGGGUUUCAACUAUGUGGAGGUGUCCGUUUUUAUAGCCAUUGUUGGCAUUCUCAGCAUAACGGUGCAAGUGACCCUCGGCUCUUUCAUGAAAGUGUUUGGAGCCAAGCGCACGAUCAUUAUGGGCCUAGCCCUGGAAAUUGUGCAGCUGUUGUGGUACGGCUUUGGCAGUCAAAAAUGGAUGAUGUGGUCGGCUGGCGUUGUGGCUGCCCUGGGCUCUCUCACGUAUCCAGCCAUCAGCGCCUUUGUGUCACUCUACGCGGCUCCAGAGAGUCAAGGAGCUGUCCAGGGAAUGAUCACAGGCAUGCGGGGUCUGUGCAAUGGCCUGGGACCGGCAGUGUUUGGGGUUAUAUUUUACCUGUUUAAUGUGGACCUGAACGAUGACCACGAUGCCCAUGCCAAGACCAGCGGCAGCCGGGCGACGAAUGUGGAGAAAAUAUCGCAGCAUGUACCGGGUCCACCGUUCGUCUUUGGCGCCUUGUGCGUCUUCUGUGCCAUAAUUGUGGCGGCGUUCAUUCCGGAGGGCCAGACUAGCCAGUUGGAGAAGAAACGUGGCUCGCUCGACGUGCAGUAUGAGAUUGAGACGGGUCACAAGGCGCCCAGCUCCUUGGCGCCGCUCAUUCGCUCCGACUCGCUGGCGCAGCUGUAGUGGGCUCCAUCGUAGUCGUCCUAACCACACAACCGUAAUCCGUAACCCGCAACCCGUAAACCGUAACAGUUGGUGGCUAUAGACAUACGUUUAAGCAGAGUUAAGGAGUUAAGAGUUUUUUGUAACUGUAAACAACAAAUGCUGUAACUAGUUUGGCUUUAGUUUCCGAGUCUAACAUUAAUUGUAGUUGAGCCCGAGAAGAGAUGUUAUUGUUUGCGUUGGAUCCCUCGGUUCUAACAUUAGUUUCCACCUCAGCCCAAGUACAUAGAUAUAUAUAGAUUUCGUAAUUUAUAUUUAUUAUCGCGAUAAGUAACGUAACAGCAACAUAGUCACAUACUAUUGGAUAUAUUGGCCGUGUGCUUGCCCGCUUGCCGGCUUUUCCUAUUCAGUUCUCUUCGGGCUGGGGAUUACACAUCACAGCAGAUAGCUUUGCAACAACAGCAACCACAACAACAACAACAAACAACAAAAUAACUGCCAAACAAACAAAAUAACGAAAGAGAGGAAAAUUUGUAAUUGUAAUUUGUAAUCUUCAGCAGCAGUUUUUCGAGUACAUUUCCAGUUGGGCUUAUCACUUGCUAUCGCCGCGAUAUCUUUCCGUUCCGUCACCGUUUUAGUUACCACACACACACAAAUUAGGAAGAAGAGAUAAAGGAAUCCAAAUAAACUGAAUAACAAGCUUUACUUUGAAAAUUGUAGUGAUUUAAAGUCUAAAAACCUAAAACAAAAAAAGCAAGAAUUGCAAAGCUAGGCGACUUCAAUUAAAUAUGACAAACAAAAUA